GAGGGGGGGCAGGGACAGGACUGCUGGGGGCUAGAGGCCUCUGGUUGCCCAGGAGCGAGGCCACUCAGCUAGAAGAAGGAGACAGCUCUCAACCCCCCCGGGCAGAGGCCCCACAGAGAUGGAGCAGAAGGAAGGGGAGCCCUCUGAGGAUGGGACCACUGUCUCCCCAGCCGCAGGGCCCCCGGGGACGCCCGGGGAUGAAGCCUCCGCAGAGGUGGAGGCCAAAGGCACGACAGAGAGCACCGUCACAGAGGGGCCUCCGGCUGCGGCAGGAAGGCAGGAGGGAGCCCCAGCAGAGGAUGGUGUUGCAGCGGAACUCCAGGGGGAAGCCAAUGGGUUAGAUGAGGUCAAGGUGGAGUCCAACCUGGAGGCUGGACUUCCAAAGGAGGGCGGUGGGAAGGAAGAGACCAAAGAGGCUCCUCAGGAGAUGACGGAUGGGAGAGAAGAGACCAAAUCUGAACCCAGGGAGGCUGAGGGAAAAGAGGAGACAGCAGUGGCCUCUGAGAAGCAGAAGGCUGAGGAGAAAGCAGCCAAGCCCGAAUCCAGGGAGAAAGAGCACGUGGAGGAUGAGGCCGCGGCUGAGCUGAAGCAGGCCGCCGGGGCGCAGGAGGCCGCGACAGCCUCUCAGGAGGAGAGUGACAAGACGGGGGCACCUGAGGCUGAAGCCCGGGCGGGAGCCAGUGCCUCAGAGGCCCAGUCAGACUCUGAGGAGAAGGCUGCCCUGGGAGAGGAGGCCAAGGCUGCAGCACAGGAGGGUGACAUGAAGGAAGAGGCGGACUCAGGUGGUCCCGAAGAAGAGCAGGACCAGGGUGUGGACGGAGAGUCAGAGGAAGGGGCAGGGGUGCCUCCCAGCUCCCCUGAGGAGUGGCCCGAGAGCCCCACGGAGGAGGGUCAAGGCCUCAGCCCAGAUGGGCUGGGCCCAGACACUGCAGCUUCAGGAGAGACCAGCCCCUCAGCCAGUGAGUCUUCACCCAACGAGGUGCCCCAGAGUCCCACGGAGCCCCCUCCCUCACAGGAGAAGAAGAAGGAGAAGGCCCCGGAACGCAGGGUGACAGCCCCUGCUCGGCCACGGGGGGUCCAUGCACAGAACCGCAAAGCCAUCGUGGACAAGUUUGGCGGGGCAGCUUCAGGCCCCACAGCCCUGUUCCGGAACACUAAGGCAGCCGGCGCAGCCAUCGGUGGCGUCAAGAACAUGCUCUUGGAGUGGUGCCGGGCCAUGACGAGAAACUACGAGCAUGUGGACAUUCAGAAUUUCUCAUCAAGCUGGAGCAGCGGCAUGGCCUUCUGCGCCCUCAUCCACAAGUUCUUCCCAGAUGCCUUUGACUACGCCGCGCUGGACCCCACAAAGCGCCGGCACAACUUCACCGUGGCCUUCUCCACUGCAGAGAAACUGGCCGACUGUGCGCAGCUGCUGGAGGUGGAAGACAUGGUGCGGCUGGCAGUGCCCGACUCCAAGUGCGUCUACACCUACAUCCAAGAGCUGUAUCGCAGCCUCGUGCAGAAGGGACUGGUGAAGACCAAGAAGAAGUGAGGAGCUGACUGACCUUGUGAGCCAGGUGGCCAGGGUGCCCAGCUGACCAGCCACGGCCCUGAGGCUCCCUUCUGCUCCAGAGACAAGAGAGCCAGGCCCUGGGCAAAGGCAGGUGGCAUCAGUCUUAACCGCAUUAAAAGCACUUCUGUAAAAUCCUGCCUGGCUCCCUCCCUAGCCCACCUACGAACCUCUCCCACUGGGAUAACAAACCCCAGCUGCCAGGAUUCCUCACCCGACACAAUCUUUUCUACGGCAUGAAAGGCAUCUGGGAAAGGACAAUGGCCAGGGUCCCACCACUGACCAGCUGUGUGACCUUGGGCCCGUGAGUUAACCUCUCUGAACCUGUUUACCAUCUGAUUGUGAUAAAAGGAGUUCAAACCUCAUGGAGGGGCCGUGAGGGUAAGAUGAACUAAUAAAAUGAGCAA